CAGGUCAAACGGAGGCCAUAAUUUUUGUGGUUCGCAAAUUGAUAACAUCAGCCAAACAUAUGCUAUGUUUUUCGUGUUCAUAUAAACGAAAACCUGCCGCUCCGGCGCCGGCGCCGCAUUUGCAACUCUCCGAUACUUAACUUCCCGUUCCUCGUCUCAUUAUUUUUCCGACCUAAAUUCACAAGUAAUUUCCCCUGGGCCCCAAUCCACUCUCUCAUAUUCACUCAUCAUCCUCACUUUUUCCGACUCACGAUGACCGCUGACAAUCAGGUUGGAUUUUUGGUGCCUCUGAAUCCUAGUAACUUGGAGGAACAAAAGGACUCUUCAAUUCCCAAAAUUUCACUCGCUGAGGGCAUUAAUUACGUUGGCCGCAAUUGCAUUCCGGUAAUUGAUAAACGGCUCAGUAGGAAGCAUCUUACACUCAACAUCUCCGCCAAUGGUUCUGCCGAAAUUCUCGUUGAAGGAACGAAUCCAGUUGUAGUAAGGGCCAGGAAUGAGAGAAAAAAGCUUUUAUCUGGAGAAAAAUGCACAAUUGGAAAUGGUGAUGUUUUGGAAAUGAUACCUGGGCAUUACCUUUUCAAGUACCUGAUCGCGAAGAACAUGGAAAGUUCAUCAAAACAGAAAAGACCUCUGAAUAAAGAAAGCAAUAGCAGCAAAGACCAGGCUUAUAGUAGCAAGAAAACACGGAACAUUUGUGAGGACACUUUGGUGAGAAAGCAUCUGCUUCUCAUUAGUUUUUUGUUUGAAUGUUUGCAGUGGCCUGAAUUUACUGCAAAUAUACCAUCCCUUGGCAGCGUUACGAUUAAUUCAUCAUUCUUCAAGAAGUUCAACUAUAGCAGUGCAGUGGUCAGGCUGAUUGCAUCUGUUCCGGGAUAUCAUUCUGGUUCCAAUUUAAAAAAAUGGGGACAUAUGAAGUUGCGCACUGUUCUUCAGGAGUGUACCUUCGAGAAAGAGUUUCACAUGUCUCCUUUAGUUUGUCAGUUUUCUUCGUUAGGCUCUUUGGAUGAGAAGUGGAUGGCUGAGCUAACAGCUUCAAUGUCAGCUGGGGUUACAGAAGAAAAAAAGCCUCUGGGUCUGGGGAAGCCCUUGAUAAUAUGGCCAACUGUGGAAGAUGUCAGAUGCUCUUUAGAGGGAUAUGCAGCUGGAAAUGCCAUCCCGAGCCCAGUAAAAAAUGUGGAGAAAGAGUUUCUGAAAAAGUAUUGGGCGAAAUGGAAGGCAAGCCACACUGGUCGCUGUCAUGCAAUGCCUCACAUAAAGACAUUCACACGUUAUAAUGGUCAAAACCUUGCAUGGUUCUUGCUUACUUCAGCAAACCUCAGCAAAGCUGCAUGGGGGGCUCUUCAGAAAAACAGUUCUCAAUUGAUGAUACGUUCCUAUGAGCUGGGAGUGCUUUUUUUGCCGUUUUCUGGCAAUCAUUGUUGUGAAUUUUCUUGCACGUAUAAUGGCAAUCACUCAGAGGCUAAAUCAGAAUCGUCAAGAAGGUCUGAAGUGAAGAGAACAAAGCUGGUCACUUUGGCUUGGAAAGGAAACCGAAAUGCAGAAUCUACCGAAGUAAUUCAAUUGCCCAUCCCUUAUGAGCUUCCUCCUAAACUCUACUCCUCUGAAGAUGUACCCUGGUCCUGGGAUCGCCAAUAUACACAGACGGAUGUAUAUGGUCAAGUUUGGCCUCGGCAAGUACAACUUUAUACUUGCCAAGAUUCGUGAUGUAAGUAAUGUAAAGUAGUGUUUUCCUAGUUUGCUUCUGUUGGGGUCGGUUAAAAUCUUCUUUAAGUUAAAACUAUCGUUAGUGCUUGCCCUGUCUCAAUAAUUAGAUCUCGGUACUUAUUGUUGGAGUUCAAGUUUCAAUAUGUUAUUGUUAUUUUUCAGUAGUUUCAAUUAUUCAAAGUUCAUUUCCA